GGACAGUGUCCCGAGAGAGCCCGGCUGAGGAAGAAAGCCCCGUCUCCCUGCUAGAAUUCAGCUACACGGGAGAUUCUUUGACGAAUUACAAUCUCAGCAAACUCCAACUCGAGAAGAAUGACAGCUAAGAGACUUAAACCAGACUUUUCACCAUCCUGGAAAGGAACUGGCUGCCAGUAUUUGGAGUUUUUUUAAUACUCUACCUCCCUCUGCUGUUAUCAGUGAGAAGUUCCUCGACAAUGGGAAAUCAUGUGCUUGCGGCUUCGAUUUCCAUGCUCUCGCUCCUGGCAGUGAUGGGAGAUGCGGACAGUAAAACAGACAGUUCCUUCAUGAUCGACUCCGACCCCAGCCGCUGUAUGAGGCAUCACUACGUCGACUCCAUCAGCCACCCCCUGUACAAGUGUAGCUCGAAG